AUGUGUGACGUCAGACCAGGAAGGCUCCUAGCCAUUGCUGUUGUAACCUCUCUUCUGAGCCUCGCUGCCGCUGCUUCUUCUUCUUCAUCUAACACCACCGACUUUGAAACCCUCCUUUGUUUGAAGCUCCACCUCUCCAGCAGCCCCAGUUCCGUCCUUGGCUCAUGGGUGCAGAACAACUCCCUCCCUUUCUGCAGCUGGCUCGGUCUCACUUGCAACGCAUCUCGCGUUGUCGCGCUGGACCUCGAGAACUCUGGCCUCGAUGGCCAGAUACCGCCCUGCAUCGCCAACCUCACCCUCCUCUCAAGAAUCCACUUCCCGGGCAAUCUUUUGAGCAGCCACAUCCCAUCGCAACUCGGGCAGCUGAGCAGGUGGAGCUACCUUAACCUCAGCUCCAGCAGCCUUAUUGGUUCCAUCCCCAACACCCUGUCCUCCACAUCCCUCCAGGUGAUUGAUCUUGGGAAUAACAAGCUUAGUGGAGAUAUCCCGAAAAGCAUCGGGAUGCUCCGCAAUCUCUCGGUUUUACGCCUUGCUCGUAACAGCUUGACAGGCCACAUUCCUCUUUCACUUGGAAGCAACAGCUCUAACUCCCUUGUUUCUGUCAUCCUCGCAAACAACUCCCUCACAGGACCCAUUCCGUCGGCCCUUGCUCACAGUUCAUCUCUUCAGGUGUUGAACUUGGUAAGAAACAACCUUGAUGGAGAGAUACCUCCUGCUCUUUUCAACAGCACAUCGCUUCAAAGAUUAGCCCUUGGAUGGAACAACUUUUCUGGGUAA